UCAAAAUAUUGCACGGCUGAGUGUUUCCACUAAGGAAUUACUACGCUUUCGUUAAAAAUUUUGAAUGCCAAGAUAAUCUGUGAAUAUUUAUCCUUAUUUUUUAUCACAUGGGGUCAUUCUGAUGGUAUUUUACACAAAAUAAUAACCGCAUUUCAAAGCAUUCUCAGUAUUCAUAAAGAACUAAUUAGUAUGCUGCAGUGAUACGGUUAAACGAUCCGCUGUCCUCCAUGACAGAUUUGACGGCUUGUGUUGCUGUCUGGAAAAAAAGACCAUGAGUUCUGAAAUAGAACCGCAUAUUACUAAAAAGUAUGAAGUUAAAAAGCGACUUGGAAAAGGGGCAUAUGGCAUUGUUUGGAAAGCAAUUGACAGACGGACUGGAGAAGUUGUGGCUGUUAAGAAGAUUUUUGAUGCUUUCAGAAACCAAACUGAUGCCCAGAGAACUUUUAGGGAGAUCAUGUUUCUGCAAGAAUUUGGUGAUCAUAUAAAUGUUGUUAAAUUACAUAAUGUAAUUAAAGCAGAAAAUGAUAAAGAUAUUUAUCUAGUCUUUGAAUUCAUGGAAACAGAUUUACAUAAUGUUAUUAAACGAGGAAAUAUAUUAAAAGAUGUACACAAACAGUAUAUUAUGUAUCAGUUAUUAAAAGCUACAAAAUAUCUACAUUCAGGAAAUGUUAUACAUAGAGAUCAAAAGCCAUCUAAUAUAUUAUUAGAUAGUGAUUGUAAAGUAAAGUUAUGUGAUUUUGGUUUGGCUAGAUCAUUAACACAAAUAGGUAUAGAUGAAACAGGUGAUCCUAAUUUAACAGAAUAUGUAGCUACACGGUGGUACAGAGCUCCUGAAAUACUUCUAGCUUCACAUAGGUAUACUAAAGGUGUAGAUAUGUGGAGUUUGGGUUGUAUAUUAGGUGAAAUGUUAAUUGGUAAACCCUUAUUUCCUGGUUCCUCGACGCUCAAUCAAAUAGAAAGAAUAAUGGCAUCUAUAGAAAAACCCUCACGAGAAGAUAUUGAAAGUUUAAAGUCAGCGUAUGGAUUCUCAAUUUUAGAAAAAGCAUCAAUGAAACCUAAAAGAAGUGUAGAAGAUCUAGUCCAGGAUGCACAUCCUGAUGCUGUAGAUUUAAUGAAAAAACUUUUACAUUUUAAUCCUGAUAAAAGAAUAACUGCUGACGAUGCUCUAAAACAUCCUUAUGUUGGCAGGUUUCAUAUACCAUCGGAAGAAACAUCUUUAGACUAUGAUGUUGUUCCUCCACUUAGUGAUGAUGUACAGUUAACAGUGGAAGAAUAUCGUAAAAAAUUAUAUGAAAUGAUUUUACAAAAGAAAGCAGACAGGAGACGACGCAGACGGAAAGACGAUGGUAAAGGUCAAGGUGAUGUCCCAUCUAAUGCGUAUGCUCCACCUCCUGCAGAACCAUCACCAUUGGAUAAUAGUCACCCACACCCCCACUCACAUUCUCCUCCAGGACAUUUAGCACCCAUGGCUGCCAGACCUGGUGGUGAAAAUCAUUAUAAUUCUCAUACAUCAUCUUUCACAAAUAUAGCUUCUCGACAUCGAUUAACACGACAGAGAAGUUAUGAAAAUAUUCAGGCUACACAAGCUAAUGGUGCUGUGGAUUCUUACCAAACUUCAUCCCAACAAUCCCAGAAGAAUCGCCAAGCUUCAGCACCAGCAGUAGCUAAUAGAGGUCAUUCACGACCUAUAUCUGGUGCUUUUCGUGCUGCUCAACCUAUUAUUACACGGGAUGAUAGAACAGGUUUAACAAUUAGUAGUUCUAGAAUGAUGCCUGGUCAAAGAGCUACAUCUGCCACAGUAGCAAGGCCAAAAGCUGGACGAAGACAAUACAGUCAGGCCCAGAACUUUCCCUCCACAGGUGCUCCUAAGUUUGGUAGUUAUUCUCAAGCAUAUGGUACGAUAACAGCCAGCGGACUGGCAGCUUUACAGGGCAGAAAAUCCUGAUAUUGACUUUAAAUAUCAGAUUAUGUGCAAAUAUUCUGUUUUAAAUGGAGUUUAAUAAACAAGUGUCUAAAAUACAUACAAUAAAGUGUAUAACCAAAAUUUAGGGAGGCUGUUGAAUAAUUAUAAGUCAAUAUUGAAUAAUGACAAUAGAAUUAUGUAUAAUAGAGAAAAUGUACUUAGUUUAUAGGUGUAUGUAGCAUAUACCCGAUGAAAAUUUUAGUUAGGCUAUGUAUCAAAGUAAUUGUAGAUUAAGAAUGAAUGUAUGUACAAAAUGUUUGCAAGCAGUAUAUAAAUAGGAAUAAUAAUAAUGUCAGUAAAAAGUAAUUUAAUAUAUCUUUUUUUUAACAUGCUUGUGUGCAUUUUGAAUAUAAACCGAGGUGUAUACAAAUCUAUAUUUAGAAUUAGAUUAAUACAUUUUGUAAAUAAAUAUGUAAAUAGUCAUUGUAAAUACAUCAUAAUAAUGUAUUUAUGUUGCAAGUGUGUUGUGUGUGUAAUUGUAGAUUUCACUCUAUAAUUAGCAAAUUACAUAAACAAAUGUUUGAGAUACAGGUAUAUUAUAACUUCUCCUGAUUAGAACAUUGCCACAUAUCAGACAAAUUCAAGUUAAUAAUUAAGAGCUAGAUGAUCAGAAUUUAUUUCUUAAAUUAUCCUUCUUCAAGUCAUUUCAUUUCAAAGGGAUUCUCACCUCAUGAUCUACCUCAGUGUAAUGUGUAGUAUGCUGUUCUUAUCAAACGAAAUGUUUGUCCCUCAUAAUGUUACACCUAGUAUCUAUGCACAUUCCAUUUUGUAAAUAUCAAGCAUAAAAUGUUAAAUUAAAAUAUACCUUGAGGAAAUGUUUAAUAACAUUAAUGCAUACAUCAGCUUUUUAUAUUUGUCUUAAUAUUAGUAAUAAUUCAUUUGAAUUUAUUAUUUCACUGCUUAAAUUUAUGUUUACGAGUUAAGCUAUAUUCAUGUAGAAGAGGAUAAUAUUGUACAUAAAUAGCAUAUUUUGAAACAAACAGGAAUAUUCUUUUCAAAUUCCUCUAUAAACUUGCAACAUGCCAUAUCAUAUUUUGUAUAAAUUUUGAAAUUGCAUUUUAUUUUGUAAAUAGACUGUAUUUAUAACCUAAAGUAGAACACUUAUUUAUUAUGAUUUUUUAAAAAAUAUACCCAGUGUUGUGUAUUAAAUGUUAAAAAGUCAACUGUGAUUCUUUUUAUAUUAAAUUUUAAUCCACCGAGUAAAAAUUCCAUCCAUUUAACACUUUUAUCUUUAAAAUAGAUUGUUUUAUAUAUUUAGUUUAUAAAUUACGAAUAUGUAUCCCUGGAAAUGGCCUAACAUAUUUAUUUGAAUUUUGUUGAUAUAUUGCAUGUUUAAAAAAUUUCACUGUGAUGAUUUUUAUAUUGAGUAUUAUUUUAAUUUAUCUAUCCAUUGACCAAGAUUCCAUCCAUUGCACACUUAUAUUUCCAACUUUAAUAUAAUUAUUUUUAUUUAUUUACAUCAUAUAUCAAUUACAAAAAUAUAUUCUUAUAUUUCCAUUAAGAUGGUAUGGCCUUGGGUGUAGUUUUUAUUUGGAAUUUAUGAAAUAUCGAAUUAUGGAAAGUCCAGUGAUGAUUUUUAUAUGCCAACAUUUUCAUGUGGACGUAUUAUGCCGUCACCCCCAUCCACCCCCAUCCGUCCACAAUUUGUUUGUGGACACUCUACAGGCCACAUUUUUAUCCGAUGUUGACGAAACUUGAAAUAUAGGUCUAUCUCCCAAAGAUCUCGAUUCCUUUCGAUAUUGGCAUGUAUCAGACCAUAACUUCAUGGAUUAUGGCCCCAGAUUGUACGAAGAAAAAUAACGGUUUUAGCUUGCGGACACAAUUUUCACCCAAUUUUGAUGAGACUUGAAAUGCAUGUUUAUAACACAAAGAUCUUGGUUCCUGUUGAUAUUUGUGCAUAUCGGAUCGUAUCUUCCUGAAUUAUGGCCCCUGAUUGUACGAAAAAUAAAGCUUUUAGCGUGUGGUCCCUCAGAGGUCACAAUUAUUAUCCGAUUUAAAAUAACCAUUUGGAUAUAUCACAGUUACACCGUAAUGCUGGUUGAGUUCAAAUUUCGUGAAAAUCGGACCAAAACUGCCGGACAAAACAGCCGCGCCUUGUACGCAAAUAGUGUAAGCAUCUGGUAUAUCAAGGUUGCCGACCCUCUAAAGAUCACAAUUUUGAUCUGAAUUUUUGAUGAAACUUGAAAUGCAUGUUUAUAAUCCAAAGAUCUUGGUUCCUUUCGAUAUUCGGACAUAUAGGAUCGUAAAUGCCUGAAUUAUGGACUUGUUUUUAGCUUGUUCUCUACCCAUCUCGUGCAAAAUGUGGGCAUAUCUUGCCUGGCAACUGCUGGUUAUGCUAAGUUUUACAGUUAUUUUAAUUUAUCCAUUUCACUGUUUUAUUUCCAUCUUUUAAGUUAAUUUAACUGUAUUCAGCUUUUAAAUUAAUUACAAAGGUAUGUCCUUGUAUGCUUAACAGGUGUAUUUGAAAUUGCCAAACAAACAUGUCCAAAUUGGUAUGGUUUUAACAUAUCCACCCAUGAGGCAAAAAUUCAAUCAAUUCCACACAUAAACUUUUAUCUUUUAACUUAUUUUAUUUUUAUUUAUUAGUUUAUAGAUUAGUUUAAAAGAUAUACCCCAGCAUUUCCAUAUGUUGGUUAGGGAUGAACAGGUUUAUUUGUUGUAUAUUGAGUGUUAAAAAGUUAACUGCUAUUUAUUUAUCUAUUUAUUAAAAAUUCCAUCCAUUCAACACUUUUAUUUUGAACACAGAUAUAGACCUGUACAUUUGGUUUAGACAUGUACAUUAAUUGGUUUAUACAUAAACAAAAUUUCUACUUUUUCGUUAGGAUGGUAUUAGGUGAGUUGAACCAGAGUAUUAAAAAAAAAAAAUUUUUUUAAUCAAAAUCUUUAAAAGUUAAAGAGGAUAGUUGAUACAAGUGUAAUUAAUUAUUGGACUUUUUACUGGUUAAUUGUUAUGGGUUUGUUUGUAGGAUUAACAAAAAGUGUAUGUAAUAUAUUUAAAUUUGCCAAGUGAAACCAUUUGCUCAUUAUAUCCUUUCAUAUCCAUUCCAUUUUAUUGUGGGAAAAUAUUUAUAUAUUUUUGAUAAGAUUACUUAAACUUUGGCUUGUUAAUAUAUAAUGAUAUGCAGAAUAAUAAGGACAGUUUAAUAGUGAAAAAAUAUUAUCUGCAAAGUGGACCGUUUUUAAUUCGCAGGAGUUACAUAAUUAACAGAACAACCCUUAAAAUAUUGUAUUUUUAAGUCGAGAACAAUUACCCAUAGGGUUACAAAAAAACCCAAACAUUGUAAGACAAGAGUAUAGAUUUAUUUCCAGAAAUAUUUAAUAUUAUGUUCAGUAUCAUAGUCUAUCUAAUUUAUCAUACAUAUCUAUUAAACGACAAUAAAAUUUGAAUAUAAAUUA